AUGCUGCAUCGAUAUAUUCUGCUUAUCGUGGCCAUGGUGGUGAUCAUGGGCUCGUUUGGAUCUGCCCGCCUUGCCAGAACCACCAACAUGAUUUCCACCAUCACGGCAAACACCGUCAACCGACUACGUCGCCAGUGUGACUGCACCGAGGCCGACCUCUUCUCUCACAACAAGCAGAUUGCUGCCUGCCGUGAGGCCAUCGUGAUUGACGUUAUCGACUCCCUCAUCAACGAACUAUUCGACGAUCGCAUCAGCCGGCUUGAACGCAUCGCCUUUGCUGUCACCUACGUUGGAGAUAUUUAUUGCAAUCUGACCUCCGUGCCCGAGGGUGUAACCCAUGCCUGGCCGCUGGCAAACCUGAGUUUUAUGGGCAAUCUCUCCGUUAUAGGUGGCAAUUUACUAUUGCAGGACAAUGACGUGCUGACCAAUCUCGCCGGCCUCCAAAAUCUAUUUUCGAUUGGCGGAGACCUCAGCCUCCAGAAUAACGACGCUCUGGUCAAUCUCACUGGGUUGAAGAGCCUGGCUUCGAUUGGUGGGAAGCUCACGCUUGUGGACAACAGUGCUCUGGUUAGUCUUGCCGCGCUCAAAAAUUUGACGCAAGCGACUUAUAUUCUCGUUACGGAGAACGACGCACUGUCUAGCCUCGCCGGCUUGGAGAGUCUCUCGAGCACGGGCAGCCUAAACAUAUGGGCAAACGACGCACUGACUAGCUUCACCAGUUUGCGUAACCUGACUGCCGUAGAAGGCUACUUAUCCAUCCACGUGAGUCCCAACGAACCAGCAAAGGUUAUUCAAAGCAUGGUUUUGUCUUUGUGCCAAAACAACGACGCGCUGAGCAGCCUGCGUGGGUUGGAUACCCUCACAGAAAUUGGCUUUCUUAGAAUUGAGCACCAUGCUCUGCUGGCAAACCUGUCCGGUCUGGACCAGCUGACAUCGAUUAAAUCAAGACUCGUUAUUGACAAUAACACCGCACUGACCAGCUUGGCCGGCUUGGACAGUCUAACAACAGUGUCUGACCUCAUCAUUACACGAAACAGUGCAUUGACUACUCUUGCCGGAUUGAAUAACCUGGCAGUGAUUAAUGGCUACUUUUCUCUCGAGAAUAACAACGCACUUCUCAGUCUUGCCGGUUUGGACAAGUUGACAGCCACUUCCAGCUAUGUUUCUAUCAAGUUUCACGAAAAGCUGGCCAAUCUUACCGGUCUGGACCAUUUGACACACGUUGGCGGCACCUUUAGCAUCGCUAAUAAUGCCGCACUUGCAAGCGUCGCCGGAUUGAGCAGCCUCGCAGUCAUUGAUGGUGGGCUAUCCAUUGAAUACAAUGAUGCCUUGACGAGCUUUGCUGGUCUACACGGCCUGACUUCAAUAAAUGGCAACCUUAAAGUUGAAUUCAAUGACGGUUUGACCAGUAUCAUUGGGUUUGACAGUUUGACAUCACUGAACAACCUCAGGAUUUUCGACAACAUUGCCCUGACUAGUCUCGUCGGGUUUGACAACGUGACUGUGAUCUAUGGCUACUUUCAGCUGCAAGAAAACAACGCUCUGCCGAAUCUGGUCGGUUUGGACAGCUUGGUGUCGAUCACCGGCUACGUCAUGAUUGCGGACAACGACGCCCUCACCAGCCUCGUUGGUUUAAAUAAUUUGACGUCUGUCGGUAGCUAUCUCAAGAUCUCGGGGCAUCCAAAACUGACCAGCGUUGCCAACUUGGGCAACCUUGCCACGGUCACAGGCAUGUUGUUCAAUUUCACCCCAUUAUUCUUGUCCAAAAUUGUUAAAACCAAUUCGCGCGCCUCAAAUUUCAAUUGA